AUGGCCGAUCUCAUCGGCUUAGUCAAACUACGGGAAUAUGCCCAACGGGGUGUGAUCAUACGCCAAGAAAGUUGGCUCCGCAAUGAAGUUGAGGAUGAACUAAUGCAUCCGGAUGGUUUCCUGGAACGGCGCGUAGCCAUGGCGGGCAGCCGCACCAAAGCGUUAUCGCCGGCCGAUUCAAGUACAUCUACCAAGUCCACCGUAGGUAACUUGGCCCAAGUCGCAGCCGCAAUCGACACAGUCUCAGCUCAGUUAAUGUCGGCCUUGUCUCGAAACGAAGUGAACGAAGCCCGACUUUGGGACACGGAACUAAAUCGACUGGAGCGCGACUUUCAAGCACUCAGUUCCAAGAUACAACAAUCUCAGUGA